AUGGAAAUUUUGUGGAAGACGCUGACUUGGAUAUUGAGCCUUGCAAUGGCCGCUUCAGAAUCUCAGAACUACAAUAGACUCUCGCAUAAUUCUCAAGAGGAGUUCCUGACUCGUCUGGAAGACUACCAGGUGAUAGUCCCGUUCCGGGUCAGCAAGACUGGCGAGUUCCUCAGCUACACUGUGAAGCAGCACCGGCCAGGCCGUCGGCGCCGUGGCACGGAACAGGCAGAACCCGUCGUGGAACCCCACGUCUAUUACCGCCUGUCGGCGUAUGGGAAGCACUUUCACCUUAACCUGACUCUAAACCCCAACCUGGUGUCAAGACACUUCACUGUGGAGUACUGGGGCAAGGGUGGACAGGAGUGGCGUCAUGCCAUGGUUGAUAACUGUCACUAUGUUGGAUACCUACUGGACCAGUACAGCACCACCAGGGUGGCUUUGAGCAACUGCAAGGGCUUGCAUGGUGUUAUUACAACAGAAGACGCGCAGUAUUUAAUUGAGCCAUUAAAGAGUAUAUCCUCCAACAAUUCCAGUGAAUUGAAUCUCGAAGAAGGACAACCACACAUUAUUUAUAAAAAGUCUUCCAUUCCGUCGCCACAAGAACCCAGCGAGGAGUUCAGCUGUGGCGUUUCAGACCUCACAUGGAGCAUGACCCCCUUCCCCGCCACCACCCACACAGCCGCUAACAGCACCCCCCCUUCGCCAGAGCCCAGCGGUGGCGGCCGGCGUCCCAAGCGCUCGGUCAGCACGGAGCGGUUCGUGGAGACGCUGGUGGUGGCCGACAAGAUGAUGGUGGGCUAUCACGGCCGCAAGGACAUCGAACACUACAUCCUCUCUGUAAUGAAUAUUGUUGCCAAACUUUACCGUGAUGCCAGUCUUGGAAACGUUGUGAACAUUAUUGUAACCCGGCUGAUCAUCCUGACUGAAGACCAGCCAAACCUAGAGAUCAACCACCAUGCUGAUAAGUCUCUUGACAGCUUCUGUAAGUGGCAGAAGUCCAUCCUGUCUCACCAGGGAGAUGGGAACAGCAUUCCAGAAAAUGGCAUAGCUCACCAUGACAACGCUGUUCUUAUCACCAGGUAUGACAUCUGCACAUACAAGAACAAGCCCUGCGGAACCCUUGGCCUGGCCUCUGUGGCUGGCAUGUGCGAGCCAGAGCGAAGCUGCAGCAUCAACGAGGACAUCGGCCUGGGAUCCGCGUUCACCAUUGCCCACGAGAUCGGCCACAACUUCGGCAUGAACCACGACGGCAUCGGCAACUCCUGCGGCACCAAGGGCCACGAGACGGCGAAGCUGAUGGCGGCCCACAUCACGGCCAACACCAACCCCUUCACCUGGUCGGCCUGCAGCAAGGACUACAUCACCAGCUUCCUGGACUCAGGUCGGGGGACGUGUCUGGACAACGAGCCUCUGAAGAGAGACUUUCUGUACCCCAGCGUCACCCCGGGCCAGGUGUACGACGCCGACGAGCAGUGCCGCUUCCAGUAUGGCGCCACCUCCAGGCAGUGCAAGUAUGGGGAAGUGUGUAGAGAGCUGUGGUGUCUAAGCAGGAGUAACCGCUGUGUUACCAAUAGCAUUCCAGCCGCCGAGGGCACCUUAUGCCAGACGGGCAGCAUCGAGAAAGGGUGGUGUUACCAGGGCGACUGCGUGGCGUUCGGGACGUGGCCCCAGAGUGUGGACGGAGGCUGGGGCCCCUGGUCCAUGUGGGGGGAGUGCAGUCGGACGUGCGGAGGGGGCGUGUCCUCCUCCAUGCGACUCUGUGACAGCCCACCGCCCUCAGGAGGAGGGAAGUACUGUCUGGGGGAGAGGAAACGCUACAGAUCCUGUAACACUGACGCCUGUCCCGCAGGGUCCAGAGACUUCCGUGAGAAGCAGUGUGCCGACUUUGACAGCUUGCCCUUCCGUGGGAAGUACUACAACUGGAAGCCAUACACUGGAGGUGGGGUAAAGCCCUGUGCGCUGAACUGCCUGGCCGAAGGGUACAACUUCUACACGGAGCGAUCGCCGGCCGUCAUCGACGGCACACGCUGCCAGGCGGACACCCUGGACAUCUGCAUCAACGGCGAGUGCAAGCACGUGGGUUGUGACAACAUCCUGGGCUCCGACGCCAAAGAGGACAGGUGUCGUGUGUGUGGCGGUGAUGGCAGCACCUGCGAGAUGACCGAGGGCCUGUUCAACAGCUCCCUCCCACGAGGCGGCUACAUGGAGGUCGUCCAGAUACCAAGGGGGUCCGUUCAUAUCGAAAUCAGAGAGGUGGCCAUAUCAAAAAACUACAUUGCUCUGAAGUCAGAAGGUGAUGACUACUACAUAAACGGCGCCUGGACCAUCGAUUGGCCUCGCAAGUUUGACAUCGCCGGGACGGCCUUCCACUACAAGAGGCCCGCGGACGAGCCCGAGUCUCUCGAGGCACUCGGCGCCACCACGGAGACCCUGGUUGUCAUGGUGCUUCUUCAGGAGCAGAACCUGGGCAUCCACUACCGCUUCAACGUGCCCAUCCAGCGCACGGGCAGCGGGGACAACGAGGUGGGCUUCUCCUGGCACCUCCUGCCCUGGUCCGAUUGCUCGGCCACCUGCGCCGGAGGCGUUCAGAAGCAGGAGGUGGUGUGUAAGAGGCUUGAUGACGGCUCUGUGGUCCAGAACAGCUACUGCGACCUGGACAGCAAGCCGCCAGAGAAGCAGAGGCCCUGCAACACGGAGCCGUGCCCACCCGAGUGGUAUAUUGGGGACUGGUCAGAUUGCACCAAGACGUGCGAUGGCGGCACACGCUCCCGGACGGUCCUGUGCAUCCGGAGGAUCGGCCCAGCCGAGGAGGAGACGCUGGAGGACAGCCUCUGUCUCACCCACCGGCCAAUCGAACGCGAGUCCUGCAACAACCAGUCCUGCCCACCCCAGUGGGUGGCGCUGGAUUGGUCAGAGUGUACGCCUAAGUGUGGCCCUGGCUUCAAGCAUCGCAUCGUCCUGUGCAAGAGCAGCGACCUGACCAAGACCUUUCCUCCAGCCAUGUGCAUGGACCACAGCAAGCCCCCCGUGCGCAUGCGCUGCAGCCUCGGACGCUGCCCGCCUCCUCGCUGGAUACCUGGGGAGUGGGGACAGUGCUCAGCACAGUGUGGCCUAGGUCAGCAGAUGCGAGUGGUCCAGUGUCUGACGUACACGGGUCAACAGUCCAGUGAGUGCCCUGAUAACCUGCGUCCUGCCACCAUGCAACAGUGCGAGAGCAAGUGUGAUGCCACACCCAUCGCCAACGGUGACGAGUGCAAAGACGUAAACAAGGUGGCAUACUGCCCACUGGUGCUGAAGUUCAAGUUCUGCAGCCGCGCGUACUUCAGACAGAUGUGCUGCAAGACGUGCCAAGGACACUGACCUACGCAAGGAGAGAGAGAAAAAGAGAGAGAGAGAGAGAGCGAGAGAGGAAGAAGAGAGAGGGAGAAGAGAUGGAGGGGGGAGGAAAGAGGCCAAAAUGGUGGGAAAGACUGAGAACUGAGUCCAACUGUGGAGA